AUGCCGCACCCUGUAUGUAUUAAGGGAAUACUUCUCUAUUUUAUGCUUGUUGGUGUUACUCCUUUUCGUGGAGAAACUGUUUCUGAUUUAAAAAGAAAUAUUUUGGAAGGGGUUUAUUAUAUGCCUGACUAUGUUUCAACAUUUGCACAACAUUCAAUUACUCGAAUGCUUGAAUUGGAUGCUAAAAGAAGGGCAAAUAUUUUGGAACUUAAGAGAACAUAUUGGCUAAGUGAAUGUAAAUUUCCCGAUUCUUAUGUAAAUUUGUCUUUAAAUCCAAAUGAACAUUCAUUAGCCCAUUGUAAAUUGGAAAGACUUGUUUGGUCACAAUUACAAAGUUAUGGAAUAACAGAAGAAAUGCUUAGAAGUGUUGCUAAAAGUAAAGGAGCUAGAAAUCCUGUUAUUGGAACUUAUCGAAUUACUCUUUAUCAAUGUCAAGCACUUGAUAGAGAUAAAGAAAGGGCUAAGUUAAAUGAGCAUUUAUUACAACUUGCUGAAAAGAAUAAUUUAUUGGCGGGUAAAAUUGAUGAACGAAGCAAAGCUUGUAUAAUAAUUUAAAAAGCCAAAUUAAAUUUUUUUAAUUAUGUAAAGUGCCCAAAUUUUGUCUUUUUUAUCGUUUCUGAAAAUUUUAGAAUUAAAAUUAAAAGUUUUGAACAAUAAUUUUAUUAUUUUGGAAAUUUAUUUUUUGACCAAUUGUAAGUUUUGUUUUUGGAAUUUUGUUGGCAUGGCACAGUUGAGUGCCUAUAAUUAAAUAUGAUUGAAAAGGAUUAAUAUGGAUAUCAGAGGAUUUGGAGUGAUUGAAGUGAAUAUCAGACUUCAGUUGUGGACAUCGAGCGGUUAAGAAGGAAAUCUGUCGAUUUGGGGGGUAUAAGGGUUCUAUUUUAGAGAAAAUACG